UGCCACAAUAUCCUAGCUGCUCUUGAGUUCCUGAGCAUGUCUGAAAACCAGCGGGGUCUCGUUUAUCUGAUCACCGGGGGAUGCGGCUUCCUCGGCAGGCACCUGCUGAGGAUUUUACUGGAGAAAGAGGACAGACUGGUGGAGAUUCGUGUGUUUGACAAACACAUCGACUCAAGUUUGAAUGAACUCAGCACAGAAUCAACAAAGGUGGUGGUCGUUCAGGGUGACAUCAUCGACUACAGCAGCGUGUUGGAGGCCUCCCAGGGGGCCGAUGUUGUUAUCCACUCUGCAAGUUUGGUGGAUGUUUGGCACAGAGUCCCGGAGUCUGUCAUCUACUCUGUAAACGUCAAAGGAACGGAGAAUGUGAUCAAUGCCUGUGUGGAGUGUGGCAUCCAGUCUCUGCUCUACACCAGCAGCAUGGAGGUGAUCGGCCCCAACGUCAGAGGAGACCACUUUGUCAGGGGCAAUGAAGACACACCAUACAACAUUUACCACACCAUGCCCUAUCCCAAAAGCAAGGCCAAGGCAGAGAAAAUUGUGCUUGAAGCUAACGGCACCAAGGUGAAAGGUGGGAAAUGUUUAUACACGUGCUCUCUGAGGCCGACAGGGAUCUACGGUGAGGGGCAUGAGCUAAUGAAAAACUUCUACGAGCAGGGUGUUCAAAGAGGGGGCUUGAUCAUUGGGGGUGUCCCAGAUGAGACUGAGCAUGGAAGAGUCUAUGCAGGCAAUGUCGCGUGGAUGCAUGUACUCGCAGCCAAAGCCCUGCGAGAGCAACCACAGACCGUUGGAGGAGAAUCUUUCUUUUGCUACGAUGACUCACCCUACAAGAGCUACGAGAAUUUCAACAUGCUCUUCCUCUCAGCGUUUAACUUCCGGAGGGUCCGUAUGCCCUCACUGGUUCUCUGGUUUCUGGCCUUGUUUAAUGACCUUCUCCGUUGGAUAUUGAGUCCCUUUACCAACUACACGCCGCUGCUGAACGGUUACACAUAUGCUGUUGCCAGUACUUCCUUCACUGUCUCUACAGACAAAGCCCUGCGUCAUUUUCAGUACCGCCCUCUGUAUGACUGGGAUCAAUGUAAGGCCCGAACACAGAAAUGGGUUGACACAUUCCCUUUGGAAAACACAAAAGACUCUUAAUGAGACCUCAGCCAAUGCAACAUACAUCAGAUGCUGCUACAUUGACAUGCAGGACUCCAGAUACAUAUAUGAAGGAGCUCUGAGCAAUAAGAUACCAGAAUACACCAAAUAAAUUGAACCAUUUUAUGGUGCAACAACGUAAUUUAAAUAUAUUUUUACAUUUGUUCUACUCAAGCAGGGCUGCCCAUAAAUGGGGAUGAAGGGGAGACCUUUCUCAGGCCCAGAGAAAUUGGGCAAAUGUAGAGCUCAAUCGUGGUCCAUUGUAAAGCUAGGUGGUGAAAACCGUGUCUUAAUUUUUACCUGAAAAAUAACCAUUCUUAUCAAAGAAAAUAAUGGGUUUAUUUAGGUUUAUGGGUUUAUUAAUUUAUGCCUCAGUAUAUAGUUUUCUUAAAAAUGUAAACUCCUUUUCUUAAAACAUCCUUAAAACAGGAUAAAAAUAGGGGAAAAUGGCAAAAAUUGGCUGAAAAGUUGGUAAAUCUGGAUUCUAAAAAUCUUUUUGAGAUGGCAAAAAUGGGUUUGGAGUUGCAAAAACAGGCAGAAAAUUGUAAAAAAGUGUUACAACCUGCAAAAUGGGUUCAAAGUGGUAAAAAUAUGCAUGAAAAGUAGGGAAAUGCAGUUUAAAUUGGGAAAAAUGGGCGAAGAGAGUGGUGAAAGGGGUCGAUAGUGGCAGAAAUGGGUCAAUAGAGUCAGCAACAAGUUGAAAGUGGCAAAAAGGGGAGAAAAGUUGGUGGAAAAGGAUAACAGGGUGUGGCAAAAAUAGGUGGGAAUAAGUGAUGAAAAGUGGUUAAAGGGGACAUAUUUUACCUUUUUAAUACAAGUUUAUAUUGUUCUCAGAGGUCCCCAAAACAUGCCUGUGAAGUUUGUUGCUAAAAAAACACUAGUAUAGGAUUUUUGCAUGUCUAAAAACCCCUCUCUUUCAGCCCUUCUAAGAACAAGCCGUUUCUUUGUCUGUGGCUUUAAAUGUUAAUGAGCUGUUGGAAAUCUGGCCCUGACCAUGCCCCUCCCAGGAAAUGGAUGUGGCUCUCUUGAUAUUAAAGACACUUUUAUCCAAAGUUUAGGACCUGACUGCGAUUUGAACUUUGAAUCUCCCAAACCACAGUCAGCAGCGUAACCCACAGAGCUAUCCAGCAUUUCAACUGGUAGCAGAGAGGAACAUCAGGAGAGGAGGGUGGAACUUUCUUCCAAGCGGGGAGGGCCAACUGCACCUUGGGACGGGUGCUUACUCACCAUGUGAGGUCACAACAGGGAAAAUCUGAGAACGGCUUGUUUCAGCACACAUUUUCUGAAUGGUGGAGAAAGAGAGGGUGGGAGGGAAUGGAUUUUUUUUUGGGUACUUGAGGGGAUUAUGGACA